AUGGCUUCUAUGAAAAUUGAUCUUGAACGUGUUCACGCAUUUCUUACGGAAUUUCAGACAACUGAUUGUUCAAUUGUUUUAGUUACAUCAGGUGGCACUACAGUACCAUUAGAAAAAAAUACAGUUCGUUUUAUUGAUAAUUUCAGCACGGGUCAACGUGGCGCUGCUUCUGUUGAAUAUUUUCUCGAGCGAAAUUAUAUUGUACUUUUCUUCUAUCGUCUAUCGUCAACAUUACCUUAUCAACGACAUAUUAAAAAUAUCUUUGAAGAAUCAUCACAAUCAAAUCAAGAUGUUUAUCUCGAUCAAUAUCAUAAACAUCAAAAAUCACUUCUUUUAAUUCCUUUUCAAACAGUAGCCGAUUAUCUCACUGGUCUUCAACAACUUUGUUGUUUACUGAAACCUUUUGGUCGAUCCGCAUUAAUUUAUGCAUGUGCUGCUGUUUCGGAUUAUUACAUACCCGAUGAUGAAUUAACAGAACAUAAAAUUCCAUCGGGUCAAAAUGAACUUAUCAUUCGAUUGAAAUCUGUACCUAAAUUAUUAGGUGCUAUUAAAGGGGAAUAUGCACCCAAUGCAUUUGUUAUUUCAUUUAAAUUAGAAACAGAUGAAAAAAUACUUGAAGAAAAAUGUUUGCAAUCAGCCGAUAAAUAUAACCAAGAUAUUAUUAUUGGAAAUAUGUUAAAAACACGUACACAUCAAGUUCGAAUAUUUGAACGUAUGGAAAAACAGUGGACAAUAAUUAAUCGACUACAGAGCAAUAGUGAAGAAAAUGAAAUCGAAUAUCAUAUUAUUGAAUUUUUAUGUAAUAAACAUCGAAUUUAUCAAAACAGUAACCAAUAA